AUGAGUCGUACACCUUGGUUUCUACGCUUUUUAUCUCCCAAGAAACGAAAGCAAUCGAUAUCCUCAUCCACCACAACAUCAGCAUCUGAUCAACAACGUUCAUCAUCAACGUCAUUACCAUACGGCACACCACCCUCUUCGAAUUAUGUUAUUAUGGAUGGUGGGCGCCGGUAUAACAAUCGAGAUGAUAUACCUGCAUUGUUCCCUGAAGAUGAUGAAGAAAACGAUCGUAGACAUCGUCAGCACUGGACCCUUAAACUUGCAUUCGAGGGAAAUUUUGAUGCCCCUGUAGAAGAGGCACUUGUUGAGGGUAUCAAGGUUCUUGAUUGUGCUUGUGGCCCUGCAAGCUGGACCAUGGAGAUGGCAAAGGAUUAUCCUCGUUCUGAAUUCGAAGGGCUUGAUGUUACGACGUCGUUCCCAAAUGCUAUCAAACCAGAGAAUUGCCAUUUUACCGUCCACAAUAUGAUUGAUCCAUUUCCAUUUCCGGCAAAUCAUUUCGAAUACAUCCAUCAGCGGCUUUUGGUACUAGGUCUUCUCGCCUCUGAAUGGGAUAGUUUCAUACAAAGACUUGUAAUCAUCCUCAAACCAGGUGGAUGGAUCGAGAGCACAGAGGUUGCCUUUGGAGAACUUGAAAACGCUGGUCCUAUGGGCGAGGUAGUUAACGAAGCUGCCAAUGCACUUACAAGCUCGAGAGGAUUGAAUGUGGAUAUUGCUAAAGAGCUUGGAGAUCGAUUUGAGAAGGCUGGCCUUGUCAACAUCAAGACUCGAGCGAUACCUGUCCCUGUCAAUCAGGGUGACAAGCUAGGACAACUUGCAUGGGAGAACUUUCGUGACAUUUUCCUAGCGCUCAAGCCUUUUGUUCGUCAAACACACCCACAAUUGGAUGAGGAAUUUCUAGCUGCGUUUGGUGAGGAAUGCAAAGUAUACAACACAAAGACUAUUUGGUAUCGCACCUAUGCGCAAAAACCAAAAGCAGAAUAA